AUGACCGUAAAACAUGUUCUAUCUGCAUGCGUGCUUCUCUCCGAACAGCUUCAGGCUUCUUCGUGCAAUCUGUUGCAAGCUGCUGCGGAAGCUGAGGUUGUAAAAACUCAAGUGGAGGCAGAACGAAUUGAUCCCCUGGUAUGGCACGCGCUGUUUGAAAAAGCCUUGGGAAUGGCCAGCUCCAUUGAUGUUGAACCAACGUUUCCCCGUGUUGAACGACAGCAAAACCGCCCUAAUGCACCGGCUGCCAAUGCAUUUGAUUACUGGCGGGUUAACAUGUAUCUGCCGUUUGUUGAUCACCUACUGACGGAACUUCAGCAACGACUUUUACAAAGAAAUGAGAGGUAUGUCAUACAGUACAUUCUGCCAAAUCGCAUAGGGGAUCUCAGUUACCAACGUGCCGAGGAAAUUUUCACAGCAGCACAGGAAGACCUAGCCGUCAACAAGGAAACGUUUGUUAGAGAAUGUCAGCGCUGGAAAACCCGAUGUGAGCAUACUCAGCUUCCACUUUCUCUAGAAAGCGUACUAAUCGAUCUGCCGGACGACCUAUACCCAAAUGUUGCUCGUCGUUUCCAUCUGCUGCUUGCGAUGGCAGUACCAACUGCCUCUUCCGAACGAUCGUUCAGUAGUAUGAGACGUCUCAAAACGUACUUGAGAUCCACCAUGACUUCUAAACGCAUGUCUGGGCUUGGUCUUUUGAAUGUGCAUAAAGACAGAGAACUUAAUGCAGCAACAGUUAUAGACAUGUUCGCCCAGAGGAAGAAUAGGCGUCUGGCUUUACUUUUUAAUGACAACUAA